AAUGUUGAUUAUAUUGAAUAUUGACUUUAUAACUGAACAUAUGCUUGUGUAAACUCUCGAAAACGCUUUAUUCUGAAGUAAAACAGAAUUUGGGAUUAGUAUAAUAAUAUAAAACACUUAAUUCAUUAAAAUAUUGAGAGAUAAAUGUAAGCUAUCAGAGACAUGAUCACGCUGCACACAUGAGAUGUAGAAUCGGCCGCUCAAGACUUGCGCAUACAUUUAUUGAACAGGGAAGAAACACCUAUUUGUUGCUUGUAUAAGAAUAUUUUGAUGAUAAAACAUAUUUUAAUAGGAUGCAUUUAUAAAAUGUGUUUCUGUGAUUAUAGCCAAUGCUGCUGAUAUGGCAUUAGAAUAUCAAUUAAUAAAUAUAAGCAAACAGAAUGUGUUAGAAAAAAUGUGUUUUUAAUAUUGACAUAUUUGUCCCUCCUCUUCCAGUGAAGCUCCUUCAGUUCAGCUAUAAAUACAGGAAUAUUCCCACCAGGCUCAAGUGAAGAGUUUACUGAAGGACAGCGAGAACAUGAGUGAUCCAGAACCCUGCAGAAUUAAACAUGAAGAUACUGAACAACAAAUAGACCUAAUUGAAGAGAAUGUGGUGAGCAAAAAGGAGGAACAUCAUGUCAAAGUUGAGGAAAAAAAUCAUUUACAGACUUUGAAAACAAGAGACAAGAAUCGUUUCACCUGCACUCAGUGCGGGAAGAGCUUUAGCCAAUUAUCAAACCUUAAUAAACACAUGAAGAUCCACACUGGAGAGAAACCAUUCACAUGCGCUCAGUGUGGAAAGAGGUUCAUCUUCUUAUCAAACCUUAAUAUACACAUGAAAAUCCACACUGGAGAGAAACCAUUCACAUGUUCUCAGUGUGGGAAGAGUUUCAGCCGAUCAUCAAACCUUAAUCAACACAUGAGGAUCCACACUGGUGAGAAGCCAUUCACAUGCACUCAGUGUGGGAAGAGUUUCAUCUUCUCAUCAAACCUUAAUAAACACAUGAACAUCCACACUGAAGAGGAACCAUUGACAUGUACUCAGUGUGGGAAGAGCUUUAGCCAAUUAUCAAGCCUUAAUAUACACAUGAAGACCCACACUGGAGAGAAACCAUUCACUUGUACUCGGUGUGGGAAGAGCUUCAGCCGAUCAUCCAACCUUAAUCUACACUUGAAGACCCACACUGGAGAGAAACCAUUCAUAUGCACUCAGUGUGGGAAGAGCUUCAGCCGAUCAUCCAACCUUAACCAACACAUGAAGACCCACACUGGAGAGAAACCAUUCAUAUGCACUCAGUGUGGGAAGAGUUUCAGCCAUUCAUCAUCCGUUAAUCGACACAUGAGGAUCCACACUGGAGAAGACGAGAAUCAUUUCACCUGUACUCAGUGUGGGAAGAGUUGUGGAAGAAAAGAUGAUCUUAAGAUUCACAUGAGGAUCCACACUGGAGAGAAACCAUUCACAUGCACUCAGUGUGGGAAGAGUUUCAGCCAAUCAUCAAACCUUAAUAGACACAUGAAUAUCCACACUGGAGACAAACCAUUCACAUGCACUCAGUGUAGUAAGAGUUUCAGCCGACCAUUACACCUUAAACUACACAUGAAUGUCCACACAGGAGAGAGACCAUUCACCUGCACUCAGUGUGGUAAGAGUUUCAGCCGACCAUUACACCUUAAACUACACAUGAAGAUCCACACUGGAGAGAAACCAUUCACAUGCACUCAGUGUGGUAAGAGUUUCAGUGUCUCGUCAAAUCUUAAGCAACACAUGAAUAUCCACACUGGAGAGAAACCAUUCACAUGCACUCAGUGUGGGAAGAGUUUCAGCCGAUCAUCAAUCCUUAAUCAACACAUGUGGAUCCACAAUGAAGAGAAACUAUUCAAAUGCACUCAGUGUGGGAAGAGUUUCAGCCACUCAUCAAUCCUUAAUCAACACAUGAGGAUCCACAAUGAAGAGAAACCAUUCACAUGCACUCAGUGUGGGAAAAGUUUCAUCUACUUAUCAAACUUUAAUAAACACAUGAAUAUCCACACCGGAGAGAAACCAUUCACAUGUACUCAGUGUGGGAAGAGCUUCAGUCAAUCUUCACAUCUUAAUCAACACAUGAAGAUCCACACUGGAGAGAAACCAUUCACUUGCACUCAGUGUGGGAAGAGUUUUAGGCAUUCAUCAUCCCUUAAUCAACACAUGAAGAUCCACACUGGAGAGAAACCAUUCACAUGCACUCAGUGUGGGAAGAGUUUCAGCCAUUCAUCAUCCCUUAAUCAACACAUGAAGAUCCACACUGGAGAGAAACCAUUCACAUGUUCUCAGUGUGGGAAGAGUUUCAGCCAUUCAUCAGGCCUUAAUCAACACAUGAGGAUUCACACUGGAGAGAAACCAUUCAUAUGCACUCAGUGUGGAAAGAGUUUCAGCCAAUCAUCAGCCCUUAAUCAACACAUGAGGAUUCACACUGGAGAAGGCAAGGGACGCUGUACUCAGUGUGGGAAGAGUUGUGGAAGAAAAGAUGAUCUUAAGGUUCACAUGAGGAUCCACACUGGAGAGAAACCAUUCACAUGCAUUCAGUGUGGGAAGAGUUUCAGCCAUUCAUCAAACCUUAAUAGACACCUGAGUAUCCACACUGGAGACAAACCAUUCACAUGUACUCAGUGUGGGAAGAGUUUCAGCCGACCAUUACACCUUAAACUACACAUGAAUAUCCACACUGGAGAGAAACCAUUCACCUGCACUCAGUGUGGGAAGAGUUUCAGCCGAUCAUCAUCCCUUAAUAAACACGUGAAGAUCCACACUGGAGAGAAACUAUUCAAAUGCACUCAGUGUGGGAAGAGUUUCAGCCAUUCAUCCAAGCUUAAUCAACACAUGAAUAUCCACACUGGAGAGAAACCAUUCAUAUGCAUGCAGUGUGGGAAAAGUUUCAGCCGAUCAUCAUUCCUUAAUAAACACAUGAUGAUCCACACCGGAGAGAAACCAUUCACAUGCACUCAGUGUGGGAAGAGUUUCAGUCAAUCUUCACAUCUUAAUCAACACGUGAAGAUUCACACUGGAGAAAAACCAUUUAUAUGCACUCAGUGCGGGAAGAGUUUCAGGCAUUCAUCAUCCCUUAAUCAACACAUGAGGAUUCACACUGGAGAGAAACCAUUCACAUGCACUCACUGUGGGAAGAGUUUCAGCAUCUCGUCAAACCUUAAUCAACACAUGAGGAUCCACACUGGUGUAGGCAUGGGACGAUAAUCGUUUUCAAGGUAUACCACAGUUUGGGAAAAGUCAAGGUUUUAAAACCGCAAACAUUUUCUGCUAUAUCGUUCGUAUAGUAUAUGACAUAUUUUUAUUUCUUUUUUUGUUUGUUUUGUGUUUAGUACAACACUAUCUCCAGCAGAUAUCUAAAAUGUCUUUUUAAAUUGUAAAGAAAUCUGUGUUUCUGAAUCUAACGAAGACAGGAGAAGUCAAUGAUUCAUUUGAGUUAUUCACCUUGACAUGUUUACUGCUCCACAAUAUUAUAAAUGUUUCUCAAAAUUAAAUAUUUUGUGUUUAAAAGGGGAAAAGUUUUAGUUUUUUACCCUGACAUUUAAAAAGAGCAUUGAUUAAAGCAACAAUCACAAAACCAUCAAACAAUGAUAUUUUUAUCCAAGGUUAUCAUACUGUC